AUGCAUCCGAAUUCUCAGUAUCAUCAAUACCUUCAGCAACCAUCGUUGUCAGGUGGAGCAACACCCAAUCCACUCGCAGCAGUGUUACAAUCAGCGGGUACAGGCACUGCAGGCGUCAAUGCUUUGUCACAGCAAUAUUCUGCCUUGGGUGCACCCGUCAGCGCUGGUGGCGAUCCAUUUGCUGCAUAUUCUGUGCUCAUGAACAGCAAUCCAGCGGCAGCGGCGGCAGCAGCUGCACAAAAUGCAAUGACCUCUGGCAAUUCUACCAUGAACUUUCCAUUUUUACAGCAAGAUCACCAAGUACAGCAAAAAUUGGCACAACUGGAUGAAGAAAAGAUAUAUACACUUGUUCUCGAGCUUUUGAACCCAUCACUUCGAGAGCAAGCUUUGCUGGAUUUGAGCAAGAAACGUGAACAGUAUGAAGAUCUUGCUCUUGUUCUUUGGUACUCUUAUGGCGUCAUGUCGGUUCUUCUGCAAGAGAUUGUCUCGGUGUACCCCAUGCUGACACCCCCUACCUUAAAUGGCGUCACUUCAAACAGAGUAUGCAAUGCGCUGGCGCUUUUGCAGUGCGUCGCUAACCACAACGAGACUCGCACAUUGUUUUUACACGCACAUAUACCUUUAUAUCUAUAUCCAUUCCUUAAUACAACAAGCAAAACACGACCGUUCGAAUAUCUGCGUUUGACAAGCCUUGGUGUUAUUGGUGCAUUAGUCAAGAACGACAAUCCUGAGGUGAUUAGUUUCUUGUUAUCAACCGAAAUAAUUCCCCUAUGUUUGCGGAUCAUGGAAACUGGAAGCGAAUUGUCGAAAACGGUAGCAAUCUUUAUAGUACAGAAGAUACUUUUGGAUGAGACCGGAUUGUAUUAUAUUUGUCAGACAUAUGAGCGAUUCUAUGCUGUUGCAACGGUUUUACAUACUAUGGUUAAUCAGCUCGUGGAAACACAGGCAAUCAGACUGUUGAAGCAUGUUAUUCGGUGCUACCUUAGGCUUUCAGAUAAUCCAAGGGCGCGAGAGGCAUUGCGUCAAUGUUUACCGGAGCCAUUGCGGGAUACCACAUUUCAUGCAGUGUUGAAAGACGACGGGGCAACUCGACGAUGCCUUGGACAACUUUUGAUCAAUCUGUCGGAUGGUCCAAUGAACUAAACAGUUCCCAGUAUAUAUUCAUUCUACGCAUUUGCAAAUACGACUCAUAAUCCUUCAUUGCAAGAUAAAUUAACAGCAGUUUUCAUCCGUAUACUACAUUGACUCGUGAUACGGUUCUGGUCACAGAAUAAGCAACAGCUUGCGCCCCUUGUGUAUAUUCAAAAAGACAUU